AUGUCCGAAUCCGCCUCGCUCCACGUCAUCGCCCUGAUCUCAGGCGGCAAGGACUCCCUCUUCAGCAUCCUGCACUGUCUUGAACAGGGGCACAAGGUCGUCGCGCUUGCUAAUCUGUACCCCGCCAAGCCCAAGCCAUGUGUACCGGGGGAAGGGAGGCCCUCAGAUGGCGAAACAGAGGAACGAAACCCCUCGGAUGGAAGGACCUCAGACGGCGGCACAGAGGCACGAAGCCCCUCGGAAGGAGAGGGGGAAGAUCUGAACAGUUUCAUGUACCAGACCGUGGGACACUCCGUUGUUCCGCUGUACGCGGAAUGUUUGGGAAUACCGCUUUACAGGCGGGAGAUUGUCGGCCACGCAGUCCAGACGGGGCGGUAUUAUGAUGCCAGUGCGAGCAAGCUUGGUACUUCUACUUCGGCCGACGAAACGGAAGACCUGCUCCCACUGCUCCGCGAAGUCAACCGUAUGCAUCCCGACGCCAACGCGAUAUCCUCGGGCGCCAUUCUAUCAACGUAUCAGCGCACUAGACUCGAGUCGGUGGCCGUCCGUCUGGGUCUCACACCGCUUGCAUGCCUGUGGCAGUAUCCUGCGCUGCCUCCGCCCUUGGGACGUGGUGAGUCCGUGACAGGCUUGCUGGAUGACAUGGCUACAGCGGGCUGUGAUGCACGGAUCAUCAAGAUCGCCAGCGGUGGCAUCAAGGAGAGCCUCUUGUGGGCGAAUGUCGCUGACCCGAGGACCCAACUGAGACUUGUCAGUGGUCUUCAGCCCUUCUUUGUGGGGCAUGAGUUCUGGCUGCGAGGAGCCGUGGUGGGUGAGGGCGGCGAAUAUGAGACUCUGGCUAUCAAUGGACCGAGGUGGUUGUGGAAGAGACGAAUCGAGAUCCCGGAAGAGCAGAUGUCUGCGUUCACCGGACAAGGCGGUGUCAGCUAUCUUCGAUUAGCAGGUCCUAAAACAGUGGAAAAUGGACCGGACGCGGACACGCCUCAGAGCGACACCUCUUUGAGAGUACCGGGCACUUUUGAUCUGCAAUUUCAAGCUGUUCUGGCGGAGUUGCAGAGCCAGCAAACUCCGAAUGGUGUUUUGGGGUUCGAUGAGCUAGGCGGGGUGAAUACCGAUGCUAUACGCCAUCGCCACGAGAUGACAGUCGAUCUAAGGCAAACGCAGUGCUUGCGUUCCGAAGUUUUGGCAAUAUCUAACAUCACGUCUUCCCUGGCCACGAGCUCCAGCACCGCUGCCGUGCAGAUGGAACAGAUAUGCCACGAUCUCACGUCUUCCUUGAAUACAACUUCGAGCUCUCUCGGAUUAUCACCUCCGCUAACGUCGUCUAAUAUCGUCUUCACGACGCUUCUGCUCAAAGACAUGUCGAAUUUCGGCGCUGUGAAUUCCGUCUAUGCCUCGCUAUUUCGACCAGGCGAGCCGAAUCCGCCGGCCCGGGUGACCGUGGCAUGCUCACUGCCGGACGACGUCGAAGUCAGUCUCAGCGUGAUACUCGACCUUGGGCCUCGAGAUGCAAGGCGCGGACUCCACGUCCAGAGUCGAAGUUAUUGGGCUCCAGCAAAUAUCGGACCAUACAGUCAGGCCAUUUGUGUGCCGCUUGACACAAAGCAGGAUCAGGCGGUCUCGGAUCUGGUCGAGAUGGUCCACAUGGCUGGCCAGAUACCACUAGUGCCGCAGAGCAUGCAGCUCUCGGCUGCGGGUUUUCUGGAGCAGGCCGUAUUGAGCCUGCAGCAUCUAUGGCGCGUGGGACAGGAGCGAGGGGUCGACAUGUGGGCCUGGGGCGUUGCUUUUCUGGAGAGGGCCGAAACGGCUUCUGUGAACGCCGAGUUAUGCUCCCGAGUAUGGCAACACGCUCAUGCGGCAGAUGUGAAGCCACAAGAUGCGCGUGGUGGCGAGAAAGACGACGAAGAGCCGGACGCGUGGGAUUUGCAGUAUAAUCGCGCAAUGACAUUCGAAGCGCCGGCAACCCUGAACCGGCAUCUUCAUUCCCUUCCAAAUUCAGCCGUCCUCACUUCAGCAAGUGCGUCUCCUCCCUUCAUCGCGGCAGAAGUUGUCUCCCUGCCUCGAAGUGCGCCCGUCGAAUGGUGGAGCAUGGGGAUCGCGAGCUUGCCCAAGGGACCUCCCUCGAGGCCACGUGUGUCUGUGGCUCAGAAGGAUUACCAAUGGGGAUCUCUCCACAAGAUGACACUCUCCCCUUCCAUGGAGGCAACAACUGAUGGAUACGUACACCUGGUCACUAUGUUUGUGCACUCUACAGGCAGCAUCGACGGUGGAUCACGUACUGGAGACGAUCUCCACGCAUUUCUUUCAUUGGACCGAAGCCCAUCCAAGGAGGAAGUACCAUCUGCGGACCUUGUCCACGGUACUGCCUUCAUCUCGACGCAUGGCUGGGACCGUUGGUCUCAACUGCGCAGACAUCGGCUCUUCGAGACCUUGGUGGUCAUCCCGUGCGAAUCCGUGUAUGGGCGCACAUGGUCGAACGCCGCUGUCAACGACGCUGGACCUUCAGAUGCUGCGCGCGAGAAUCCAUCUGCUCGUGCUACGGGGCUCAAUGAUGCGGACGAUGGUGAGGACAGAGUCUCUCCAACUCGCCGUCUCGCCGUGGCUAUCACGUUGCGGAUCAAUGGAUGA